AUGAUGCAAAGACGCAUGCUUACGAAGGAGGACGAGCAAGCCGCCGGAGACGAAGUACAAGUCCGCCGCGAAGACCAGGACAAGAUUAACAAAUUCAGCCGGCUCAGCCAACGCGAGCAGGUUGUGGAGGAGGAGCUCAAGACCAAGGCGAAAGAAAAGGAGGAACUCGACGAUGUCAGCACGGAGCUUGAACUAGCCGACGAAGACGAGACCGUCCCGUAUAAGGUUGGAGAUGCCUUCUUUCACGUCAAGUUGGAACAGGCGCAGGAGAUGCUGGAGAAUGCCACGUCAAAGAUAGACGAGGACGUGUCGAAGUUGGAGGAUGAGCUUUCGUCUAUUCGUGACCAGAUGACCCAGCUCAAGGUGGAGCUGUAUGCGAGGUUUGGAAAGAGUAUAAACCUUGAGAAAUAA